AUGGAGGAGAAGCCAAGGACCGUGGCCUUUGCUCUGGCCAUAGUCCUGGUGGUGGCCACCACCAUGGAGAUGAGCUUGGCGUCUGGUGCCCAGGGGUUUUGCAAUAUGACCAGGGACGAGCUGAUGGCCUGCAAGCCCAGCAUUAGCACGGCGAAACCCGUGGAGAAGCCCGCCGACGCGUGCUGCACGGCGCUCUCCCAUGCCGACCUGCCCUGCCUCUGUGCCUAUAAGAACUCCGGCAUGCUGCCAUACCUCGGCAUCGACCCCAACCUCGCCAUGCAGCUCCCGGCCAAAUGCAGCGUCCCUGCACCCGCACAGUGCUGA